CUUAUCUCUUUGUGUCAUCCGUACUUUACGAUUGAUUGAGGGAAUGGGAGGAUGAGGAGUAAAACGAGUGAAAGGAGAUGUGGAAUCAGCUGCCGGAGCUGAUACUGAUAAGAAUUUUUCGUAAUCUGAACUGUGAGGAUCGAUUCAAUGCCAGUGGAGUUUGUCAGGUGUGGAGGAGAGGUGUGGCAGCUCCAACCCUUUGGAGAUCAGUUACAAUACUGAUUGACAGAGAUCUGGCGAGUGGAUUUCGACUAGCUACUGUACUGACUCGAAAAUAUGGGGAGCACAUGAGGAGUCUGGAACUCGCGUGGUCCAGGCCCUAUGUUCUAUCGAAAGAAACUCGAAAUUCCGCCAAUGUAAAGGCGCAAGAGGGUGUGGAUUUCCUGACAGCAUUGAAAUCAAAGGAUGUUCAAUUGACAGAAUUUAUCCUAACGAACUGGUACUUCGGGACUAACUGGAAUUAUCGAGGGAGAAUUUUGUACGCCCUGAGUCAUUUUUUGGGAAGUCAGAGUACUUUAGAAACUCUGAGUCUCGGUAAUUCAAAUUUGGGUGUAACCGAUGUAUCGAAACUCCUGAGAGCAAUUACCCAGUCCUCAGGAGAGGGACUCAAGUCCCUGGACCUUCGAGGGGCCUUCAGGGACUGGCAGAUCCCCCACAACAGCUCAAAAUAUCUCAGGCACCUCAGUCGUCUCCAUGCCCUCAGCAAUCUCCAACUCGAUUAUCCAUCGAUCUCCAGCCAAUGUCUCCUCACUCUGGCGAACACUACCACAUCCCUCAGGACACUUCACAUUUCAAUCAGAAAUACAGACCAACGACAGCACACGAUCGAGAAUUCAGCCUGGCAGGCUCUAGUCUCUGCGUGUCCCCAAUUAGCUGUCUCUUACAAUAUAGUCAAUAUUUCACACUUCGAGGACAUGUCUUAUCUUCUCCAACCAAGUGUACCGAUGGCCAGAUUUCAGAUGUACUGUGGACAUGUGUGGGACCAGAGUAGAUCGAGGAACUUCAGAAGUACUGUUGGACUCCUCGUCACGUAUUACUCGAGUACUUUAGUCGAAGUUAUCCUUCAACUCCGUAAUAACCGCGAGGAACUGGACGAUUUAUUAGUAUCAAUGUUACAACGAUGCAAGUUCCUGACGACUUUGCGUUAUGAUGGAAUAAUCAGGAAUCUGGAAACCCUCGGCGAAAUACUGAAACUCCAGAGGGAAAGGAUAACUCGAUUCAAAACUAUUCAUAUUCGUCCGAGACGCGUUAGUCUCGAUAAUCGAGAAAUAUUGAGCGAUAUUUGUUACAAAUUCAAUCGGGGAUUGAGGGAGCAGGGGGUAAAUUUCAAAGUCCAACAUCCUGGAAACUCGAUAUUUUAUUAUUGACAGAAUCAUCAAACAUUCACAAUAAAUCUCCAAUAUUCAUUAGCGCCAUCAGAUCAUUACAUAACAGCUCGGGUGGUUGUUAUCCCUGGAAAUAAUUAAUUCGUUGCGUAACACACGUAAUUAAUCCCGAAUAAUGCACGAAGCCAUUAGUCUGGGGAAAAAUAUAGUUUAUAGUAACGCAACCACUGAAAUAUUUCCUGAAACACAGAAUUAAUUAUCCAUCUACACAGAUGCCACUUCAAAUUAUCGUCAAAUAGGUUCGAUAGAGUCGGUUUAAAUUAAUUAGAGGGUAUGGAAAUACCCCGACA